UGGGUGUGAAAGAAAAACGCUGCUAGUUCUGGUAGAAACCUGACCAUCUAACUUUAAACUUACAAACAAGCUUGUUGGUUUUUUUUAUACGUGUAAAUCUGUACAGAGGUCUGUCUCGUAGUGACAGUUAAUUUUUUUUUUGCAUUACAACUACAUAGUCCUGUUAGCUAAAUGAAGAAAUAUGAUUCUUUGUAGAAUGAUUAACUAAUUAGCAUUCAGAAGCUAGCUAACAACCGGGAGUGAGAAACCUGCAGGCUUCACUGGUGAGACUACGGCAGCAGAAUGACCGAGUAUAAGCUGGUGGUGGUUGGAGCAGGAGGUGUAGGGAAGAGCGCGCUUACCAUCCAGCUCAUCCAGAAUCACUUUGUGGACGAAUAUGACCCCACCAUAGAGGACUCGUAUAGGAAGCAGGUGGUGAUAGACGGGGAGACUUGUUUGCUGGACAUCCUGGACACCGCAGGACAGGAGGAAUAUAGUGCCAUGAGGGACCAGUACAUGAGGACUGGCGAGGGCUUCCUCUGUGUGUUUGCCAUCAACAACACCAAGUCUUUUGCCGAUGUGCAUUUGUACAGGGAGCAGAUCAAGCGAGUAAAGGACUCUGAUGAUGUGCCCAUGGUCUUGGUUGGAAACAAAUGUGAUUUGGCCAGAACCGUCGACACCAAACAGGCUCAGGAACUAGCCAGGAGCUACGGCAUUGAAUUUGUAGAAACUUCAGCCAAGACCAGACAGGGAGUUGAGGAUGCUUUUUACACCUUGGUCCGGGAGAUCCGUCAUUAUCGCAUGAAGAAACUCAACAGCAGGGAGGACAGGAAACAGGGUUGUCUCGGAGUCUCCUGCGAAGUCAUGUGAUCAGGAAACGCACCACCUUCCCAGUGAUUCCUUGCAAGCUCAUUAGCCAGCAGCUGAAAACUUUACGCCCACUCACUUGUGACUGAAAAGCUUUGUGAAGUGGUCCAAUUUUUAUUUUUUAUCACCUUUUAAUCCUGUGGCCUGAAAUCAGCUUUGGCGGUGGAGUUUUCUACAUUGGGCCCCCUGCUGGCUAAAAGGGUUCAUUUCAAACUUGCUCACUGUGUAGCCUGCUGCGACGGAAAAGAGGGGCUCGAUACAAGACAUUUGACCUCUGCAUUUAUCUAAUAAGUCGUUAAGCGAUGAAAUCUCGUCUUUCCCUGUUUUGACCUGAAUAUUAUUUGUAAGUUCAGUUCUCAGGAAUACUGUGAAGGCAGAAGUGCCUAUAUAUAAUUAUUUUUUUUCCAUUCACAUUUCACAUUCAAUGUUUUUUUUUUUUAAUCUACAUAUUCCUGCUCCCACUCAUUUUAUUUUCCAUCUUAGCUUGUUGUAGCAUCUGUGGUCUCAAUGGAAUUUUAUUCACAAGGGCAUUCAAUGUGUUUCAGCCAUGAGUUUGAGACGAGAACACUUUCAGAUUGCAGUGAUUGCAGACACUCUGGGGGGGAACAAAACACUGGAACAACAACAGCAACAAAAACAGACUGGGUUAACGGAGGUUAACAGACUUCUUUAGUUUUAAACUUGCAUGUCGUGUUUUUUCUGUAUUCUUUAAUACUCUCCUUUCGCUCGCUAAUUGAUGCGGGUUAUGUUGCAGACUGCAUUAAUGUUUGCGAAUGUUGUGGUUCUGGUAUUCAACAGUGUUUAGAAAGAAGCAUUUGAGGAAGCUGAGGCCUUGCUGUUAUGUGCCCAAAUGCACACUCUGUAUUUCUGUUUGUGUUUAAAUUUGGCCAAAAGUAUGCGCUGCCUUUAGAAGUUUGCCCGCAAGACAUUUUUCUAGGAACAUGAUCAUCAUUUGUUUUCAGAUUGCAGUGCCAGUAAUGACUUUGUCUUUCUACAAAGAAUCGACAUCUUCAUCCCAUUCAUUGCCUGGUGCUAAAAUUCCCAAAAUGUCU